UACACAUCGGUACUUCGUUGAAUAUUAUCGAAUUGUCCUAUUUCAAAGGGAUGUCGUGUGGAGACAACAAUUCACAGCACAAAGAGAGUUUAAUGCAUGAAAUCAAUGCAUUGUUUGCUCCGCCAACAAAUGAAUCAUACGGUAAGAAAGGUUCGCUUGGUAUACCAUCGUUUCGUCGGGCACGAAAAAAUAAUGAAGUUACAACAAACAACUCGGAAUCAAAUAAUUCCAAUUUAGAACAUUAUCAAAUACCAAAUGCAUCUACAAAAAAUGAUCCAUUUUGGAGGAAACCACGUGCUAAUUGUCAUGAAUAUUGUGAUAGUUGUGGUUGUAUUGAAGGUGAACGACUUGUUUGCGAUCGAUGUCCGGCUAGUUUUCAUCUUGAAUGUCUUGAUCCACCAUUGGAUUCAGAUGAAGCCCCCAUUGGUGUCUGGUUUUGUCAUCGAUGUUCAAUGGUUUUAAAAGAUGAAGAAGAUAAAACGUCAACAUCAAGUAGUCAAACGACUAUAGCCACAGAUACAGGAUCUUCCCGUUCUGGUAGAAGUGGAAGAAAACGUCAAGAUCAUCAAACAUCAUCAUCAUCGUUGGUUGGAACCACCACAACAACAACAGCGACAACAGUUGGAUCAUCGGAUUCCACCUUUACAUCUUCCAUCAGUAGUAGUAAUAAUAAUAAUAAUAGUAAUAAUAGUCAUCCUCAUCAACAAAAUCAAUUACAACAAUUUAUCCAAUCACAAACUAGCAAACGUCAUUAUACAUUUCGUUCAACAUCCAACAACGAACAAUAUUGUUUAGAUAUGAAUAAAUUAUCAAGUAGUCGCUCUAGCACUUGGGGUGAUUCAGCUUAUGUUGCUGAUAUUGAAGAAUCUGAAUUAAGAGCAUUAUGGAAGGUGAUUGAAUAUGCAAAAUAUCAAAAUCCGAAAGAAUAUGAUUUACCGAAAGAUUUACUUCCUGGUGUUAAACUUCCUGGUUCAUAUAAAACGCCAACAGAACGUAAAAAUAAAGGUAUAAUUGAAUUAGAGAAUGGUAUGAUUCCACAACCUGUAAGACGUUGUUAUGUUUGUGUUCGAACAUGCUUUUAUGCACCUUUACUACCAUGUGAUUAUUGUUCAGCAUGUUUUCAUUUAGAAUGUUUAAAUCCACCAUUAUCACAUUAUCCACCACGAUCGGAUCGAUGGAUGUGUCCAAAUCAUACAGAGCAUACAACUGAACGUUAUUUAACUCAUUCAAUACGUUUAACUGAACGUAUGCAAAUAUGGACAAAAUUAUAUACCUUAAAUAAUGACCAGUCUGUGAAUAAUAAUAGUAGUAAUAAUAAUAAUAAUAAUAAAAUUGAUGAAAUCACAAAUAUAUUGGAACAUAUUCCACCAUAUGAAUUAACUUAUACACCAGAUGAAGAAAGUUGUAUCCUUGCUGAUUUAAUGCGUUCUAUUCAACGUAGUAGAAAUGAACAACAACAACAACAACAGUAUCAAUUACAACUAGAAUCCUCGUCCUCCUCAUCAUCAUUGUCUUCAUCAGAUUUAUCUAAUAAAGCAAUGUCAAGUAUUUUUGAUUCGAUAUUAUAUACUACUAAUACUACUAAUACUACUACUAAUAAUAAUACAAUCACAAAUAAACAGCAUAUAUUAUCUAGUCGUCAUUUAUGGCGAUUAAAUCGUGAAUUGGCAGCAAAAUCAAGGAAUAAUCAAAAUUAUUACAGCAAACAGUUAAGAAUUGUGGUACCAAAAGCAGUGAAACAUUUAUACAAUAAUCCAGUGAAACGAAUUCCACGUAUUAAUGAAUCAUCUAAUUUAUGUCAACUGACAACAACAAGAACUUUACUAGAUCAAUCUAGUACAGAUGAUAAGAAUAUAUUUGUUCGUGGUCUUUUACAAUUUUAUUUACAAAAUACGCUACAAAUACUUUCACAAUCGAAGGACAAUACAAUAGCUACUGAUACUACUACUACUACUAGUACUACUACUACUACUGAUACUACUAAUUCAACGUCAUUGUCAACAUCAUCACUGGAAGCAACGUCUAUCACUACAACAAGUACAACCACUGUUGACAACCUUCUCAAUAAUAAUAAUAAUAACAAUACUACUGCAUCCAGCGCCAUCGUUGUAGAUAACACGAUAACUACUGAUGUGGUAAUAUCAACUACCGAUCCAAUGGAAAUGGAUACUACCAAUGAUCAUUCACUGACAUUAUCAUACGAUACAGAACAACUAGCUAAAGAUCCUCCUACUAUUAUUAUUCAAAAUGAUGAUAAUGAACAGUUAUGUAAUAAUUCUUUACAACAACAAUUGAAUGUAACAUUUGUAAAUAAAUGCAAUAACCUGUCUGAUGAUGAUCAUGACGAUGUUGAUAAUAAUAAUAAUAAUAAUAGUGAUAGCAGUAAGUGA